GGAUGGGCUUUCAGUAGCAGUUGAGGCAGGGGAGGUCUUUGUUUGUUGUUGAGUGACAAAAAAAAUCUUGACUUCUAUUAUCAUCUUAUUAAAGGUAGUUCAAACAGAGAGCCUUUUGUAGAUUAGGUGUAUUUUAUUUUUUCAAUCCCGGAAAACUUAUUUGUUUAAUAAGUAUAAUGACUAUAAUAUUGUUACCAUCACUGUGUACACUUUAACGGCAAUCGGAACAUUCUUGUAGGUGACCGAUUGAAUUUAGGAGCUUAUUCAAGCUGCUUGAUUUCGGAACAGAUUUGAGAAGGGGAACUACUCUUAAUUUUAAAACAAUCAAUCAUUAAUAUUAUUGUUAUUGAUGGUGAUAAAGAGAAAAUAAAGGGAGAAAAUCAAACAUGCCUCCUUCUUUGAAGCCAAAAGCAACAGGCGGGCUCUCUGACUCGCUGAGAACAUUAUCUGGUGCGGAACCAAACAACACGAGCGAUGGAUCAGUCCUGGAGUUGCUACCGGACUUCCCCCCAGGCCCACUGGAUGCGUACAGGAAGAAGGCUUCGUUUGAUUGGAAGAAAAUGGCACUUUUCCUCGAUACGGAGGACAUUUUGAGAUUUAAGAACAGAAUCUUCAAAACCCUGGAGAACGACCCAGUUUUUUCCAAGGGCCUAACGACCCCACCGCUGGAGAACCAACGCGAGCUCACCUUCCGUCGCACGCAUCACGUGCUGGGCUACGACUUCCUGACUGACGAUGAGCUCUACGGAAACCCGCUCAAGUUCAAAGCUUACACAGAGGCCUUGGGCAUGUAUGAUUGGACGGUGUCGGCGAAGAUCAACCUCAAUACAGAGAUGUUUGGUGGAACCAUCCAGUCUAUGGGCUCGAGCCGACAUGCGGAGACCCCAACAAACGUUUCGGAGCCUCCCUCGGGGCCCUGUCCGGGGGCCGUGUUGGGAUCACGGGCAUGUGCUGCACCAACCUCAAGCUGAGCAUGCCCAUCGCGAUCCGGUACUCAGCCGCCCGCCGCCAGUUUGGACCAGGGACCGAGGAAAUCCCCGUCAUUGAGUACCAGCUGCAGCAAUGGCGUCUGUUCCCCUACGUGGCAGCCAUGUAUGCCCUUGACCUUUUCUCAAACUCUUUCUUCAUGGAUUUUGUGUUGCUUCGCGUUGGAAUGAUGAUGGGAGACUCUAGUCAAAAUCAGGCGGACCUUGGCAAGGAAAUCCACGCCCUCUCCUGUGCCAGUAAACCGUUGGCCGGCUGGAUGGCCCGCGACGGAAUACAGGAGUGCCGGGAAGCCUGUGGUGGUCACGGAUACUUCAAAGUGAACCGUCUGGGCGAGAUUCGCAACGACCAUGACCCCAACAACACGUAUGAGGGAGACAACAACGUGCUGCUGCAACAGACCAGUAACUUCCUCUUGUCCUAUCUCAACGCCGCGCAGGCUGGAGAUAAAAUCUCCAGUCCUCUCAACUCAGUCAACUUCCUGUCCAACCUCCCGCAGAGACUGAAGUCAAAGUUUACGGCUCGCACGGUUGCCGACUGCUUUAACCCUGCAGUUGGAAAGGUUCGUGGGCUUCCUGGAGGAGAAGAACGACGAACCGACGCCGAGCGAGCUGCGACCCGUGCUGAGACAGCUGUGUGCUCUCUACGGCCUCUGGUCCCUGGACAAACACAUGGCCACGCUCUACCAGGGUGGCUACGUCAGCGGAGGUGACCCGCCCCGCCUAAUAAGGGAGGCCAUCCUGCAGCUGUGCUCGCAGCUCAAGCCAGAGGUUGUUUCCCUUGUUGACGCCGUGGCCCCGCCAGACUUCAUUCUCAACUCUCCCAUUGGUUGCUCCGAUGGCCAG